CACCACGUCCCUUCCUCUUUCUUCUUGUUCCUUUCUUCCCUCCCUUCCUCCAUGGCUAUGGCUUCCUCGUCCAAACUCUAGCGCCGGCUACUUCCACUUCAUACACACAUUCCUUCUAAUGUUAUGAUUUUCUUUCUGUUCUUUCUUUUCCGCUUUUCGAUCAUGGCGAAUUGAUGUUUGUCUCGAGUUAUGAACCGAAUGUCCGCAGAUUUUUUCUUGCGGACAGCGGAGAGAUUCGAGAUGAUGGAAUGUUGUAGAGAUAUUCGUUGUUUAUUCUGCUUUUUUGGUUGCGUAUUUCUGUGAAGAUAAACAAUUCCUGGUUCAUUCGUCGUUUUCCAUAGAAGAAAAACGGUAGAACGACGUUUGAUGAUAUCCAUGGACUUUUUCUGAUUUCUACGCGUUUACGUUGAUAUUAUGGCGCUUUGUAUGGAGAAGGAGAAGGAGACGGAGAUGGAGAUGGAGAUGGAGAUGGAUGAAGAAAUGGAAGAGGUUACUGAUCAGCCAUUUGAUUCGGAUGAGAUUGAUUUCGAUUACGAGUUUGAUGCCGCCAUGUAUUACGAUUUCACUCGCCCCGAGACAGAGAUGGAGAUGAGAGGAGCCGAGGAUUGGUUUAAAUUCGCUGGAACCUAUCCACCUUCUCCAUUCGUCGUAAAAUUGACUGGGGAAAAAGAGGCGCGGGCAGAGUGCACCUCUAUUGAACUCAAAGGUGUCCAGAACAACCGGGAGGACCCUGAAAAUUCAGGAAUUAAUAUGGAGUCUACUGUCAAGGUAAAUCUACCAAGGUGUUCAAGUUUUAUGAAACCAACUGCAAGCUAUUUGGCCAAGCAAAAUCAACCUCGAGGAAUACACUCCACCACAGUUUUGCGAAGAUUUCAGUUCAGCUUGGGCGAUAUUGUAGAGGCCAGUUCACAGCGUUCCUCGUUGAAUAUUAGUCAUGCUACCAAGAGGCAAAAGUUGGAGGCUGGUUAUUUUCCCAAUGUCCCACGUUUGAUGCGUCAAGCAAGUUUGCAACACAAGGUGCCUAAAGAGGUUGUUUCCGAAGCUAAUAUAGCUUUCGCCAGAUUUAAAUCUACCAUACCUAAAGAGCCUAACCUUGAGACAGCAAUUAGAGCACAAAGAUGCAGAUCUAAAAUCAACUCAACUGCAUGUGAAAAUAAUAAAUCAAAUGCUUCUAACUUUAAAGCACGCCCGCUGAACCGAAAAAUCCUUGAGGCUCCUACUUUUCUCCCACCAAAGAAGAGCAAACCACAAAUACCUGAGUUUCAAGUGUUUCGCCUGAAGACAUCAGAGAGGGCUACAGAGCACACAUAUGAUGUAAAUAAUCCUUGUGUAUCCAAUCCACAAAUACGAAACAAGUGCACAAGAAGACCGAGUUCUCUCCAAGAUACGAAACAAGAGAAAUGUGUAAAAGCUGAAAGAUGUAAAGCUCGGCCACUUGAUAAGAGACUGUCACAUAAUGAAGAAUGUGAUGUGGUUGCGAAUUGUAAAGAUGGAACAACUGUGUCCACGGAAUUUAGCUGUGUAGAUCAAAAGAAAGUUUCGGACGAGCCACCAACUAAAUUACUUAGCAAGCUCUCCCUUUCAUCAGAAUGUCGUCGAUGCAAUACAAAAUCUCAUUGCAAAAUGCAUUUUUCGGACAAUUGCUCAAAAGAGAAUGUCCCAGGCUUCCUUGAUCAAGAGCGUGAGGUUGUUGAUAUACUUUUGCCAAAUUCCCGAGGUCUUUUAGCAAAGUGAAAACCAAAACUUCGAGAUGAUUCUACCUGUUUCUUCAUUCUUCAUUCUUCAUUCCACCCAAUGAGCUCAUUGAUGUUUUAGUUCUGGCAACAUAUGACAUGAGGCAAUUUUUUGGGUAGAUUAUUACUUAAGCUCCUUUCUUUUCUCCAUGGUUCAUUAAUUUUAUGCAUAUGGAGCUUUGUAAAUAGAUUAAAGAAAUUUUUAAAUAGAUCACUCCAUUCU